GCAGGCAGAGAAAGCGUGCACAGUCUUCUCCACUGCGACAAUCAACAGGUUUCCUGCAGGUAGAAGAUGCCUUUCAUUAAAGAGCCCAGGAAGAAGGCUGAGGAUAUUUCAGCGGUGUACGAGUUAAAGGAAAAACUUGGGGAAGGCUCCUUCUCAGAGGUGCGGGUCGCUCAGCACCGCCGCACUCAGAGGCUUGUUGCCGUCAAGUGCAUCCACAAGAGGGCGCUGAAGGGCAAGGAGUCUCUGCUGGAGAAUGAAAUCGCCGUGCUGCGCAAAAUCGACCAUGCAAACAUAGUGUCACUGGAGGAAACCUUUGAGACACCUACAAAGCUCUAUUUGGUGAUGACUCUGGUGACAGGCGGGGAACUCCUGGAUCGGAUCCUGGAGAGAGGGAACUACACAGAGAAGGAUGCCAGCCGUGUGAUUCACCAGGUCCUGGAGGCGGUCAAAUACCUCCACCAGCUGGGCAUCGUGCACAGGGAUCUGAAGCCUGAGAACCUGCUGUACGAAAGUCCAUUAGAGGACUCCAAGAUAGUCAUCAGCGACUUUGGCCUCUCCAAGAUGGAGGAACAGGGGGCAUUGUCCACGGCCUGUGGGACACCUGCUUAUGUAGCACCAGAGCUCUUGCAGCAGAAAACUUAUGGUAAAGAGGUUGACCUCUGGGCUGUAGGGGUCAUCUCCUACAUACUACUGUGUGGCUACCCUCCGUUCUACGAUGAGAACGACACAAAACUCUACAAGCAGAUUAUAAAGGCGGAAUUUGAGUUUGACUCACCGUACUGGGAUGCCAUCUCUGACUCAGCCAAAGACUUCAUAUCCCACUUACUGCAGAAAGACCCAGAAAAGCGGUACAACUGUGAGCAGGCUCUCAAGCAUCCUUGGAUAUCGGGUGGGGCAGCCCUGGAGAAGAACAUCCACGACUCCGUCAGCGAGCAGAUUCAGAAGAACUUCGCCAAGAGCCAAUGGAAGAGGGCCUUCAAUGCCACUGUGGUGGUGCGUCACCUCAGUAAGAGGAGCCUGGCAGUGGAGGACGAGGGGGAGAUGGAAGACUCUGCAGCUGGGGGAGCAGACAGCCUCUAAAGCAGCCACUGACAGAGGACAGAGCAGCAGUCCCUCUGGCCU